AGAGCUGAGGAUAUUGUCGUAAACUGCAAUGCCGCCUGCAGUCAUCAAUCGGGUUUUAUAAUUUCGUAUUUAAAAUGCCAAGUUACCUGAAUAUAAUUCUGAUCUACUUAGCAAUAUGUUCGUGUACGAAGAUUGAAUAGAAGUAAUAAGACAUCUUCAAUAUUGCAAUAUGUGAUUUCAGUUUGAAAUCACUAGUGUCGGGGGUUCGUGAUUGGUUGUCAUAGUAACGAUUUUGUUGUCCUGUAGUUGUACUACUUGUGAGCAACAAGCGAUCGGUUCUUCGUUUUCCUUUUCCUUGCUUUGGUGUAGGCGGAAAUGUGACUGUAGCACCAUACUGAAGGAAUUUCGUUUUGUGCGAGUGAAUAACUACGUCAGUUUGAAGUACAAGUAUGCAAAGUGCCUUUGAGCCGUCCCCCACAACUUUGGUGAUGAUAGAGCAGCCUCAUCCAUGGUACCAAGGACCCGGCUAUUUAAGGAGUGGGGUUCAGGUGAGUGGCGUCAUCCUGACCUUCCCCAUCGUCAUCUACCUGGGCGUCGCGGGGACGAUGUUCCUCCUCAGCGGCGUCAUAACUCUCCUCGUCGCGAACCUGAAGGACGACGACGACGAUGAUUCCUUCGAGGAUUUCGACACCAAGCUGGGCUCCGGUCAUGACGACGGGACCAUCGAUCCUGCGACGGUCGUCGGAAUCAUUUGCAUCAUUAUCGGAGUCUGGUUGAUCGUCAGUUGCAUCGUCCUCGCCUGCUACGCCAAGAGGAAGUACAAGGAACUGACGGCGGUCAACGGCGAUAACCCUGGAAGAGUCUACAGCGGCCACACGUCCCCGGUCCUCCCCCCGCUAGAACCCAUCCCUGUGCAGCCUACCGGUUCCCCCCCUCCCCUGAACAGGGUAUACAACCUCCCGCCCGUCAGGGGUUACCGCCGCCCGCGGAAUACUGACGCCCCUGUUGAGGACCAGAUGGAAUACUCGCCCUUCACUGGAGAGCAGUACUCUGUCUAUCCUCCACUCGCCCCGGCCCAGUAUCCCAGGCUUCCCCAUAGGCAACCCAGAAAGGGGGGGAUGAGUCGGGAAGGAUCUGCCGCUGGGGAUCCUUCCGCCCCUCCGGAGGGGCAAGAUGGCCAUGCGGAUUUGCCCGGGAUGGCGCUCGUCCCCGUGAAGCGGGAUGAGGCGGAGUUUUCGUCUCCGCCCCCAUAUCCGCCCGAAUAUAAUCCUCCGAAGUGACGAGGCGGAGAGUGGUCGUAGUAUUUAUUAGAGAAGAUUGCCAACGGUUAUAAAUAGCAUCGACCACUCCCAAAAAAAUAAAAUAAUGAUAAAAUUAAUACUCAACUCAACAGGGUAACUUGAGAAAGUUCAUCUCCAUAGCACAUAUAUACUGAGUUUGCAGAAGCUUGCCUGUCACUUUUUAUAUAUUUCUUAUUAAGCUCUAUGUCGUCUCUUUGUAAUGAAAUGUGUGUACUUCA